AACAUGCCAGUGGAUGCUACACUACACCACUAUACACUUGAAUGUCCGAACAAACCGGCCACAUUCCAUCCCUGUGCUUCCCAGCACCACCUGCCGAGUGUUCAUUUAUGAGGCUUUGGCGGGCGUUAAUGCAAGGAGCAGUUAAUAUUAUACUCAUCCUUCCGAGGCUCUGGUAAUCUGAGCAUCCCAUCACUCGUUUCCACAUGCCCAGCAUUUUUCUUCUCCCAUCUUUCAUGGUAUCACCCAAGGCAAGUGUUGCACGAGCUGUUGCACCCCAAAUGUUGGAGGCUGUAUUGGCCCGCCCAAGUCUUUAUUCUUAUAUUUCAUUCUAUGUUUCUUCACCCAUUAUAUCUCAAGGUUUUUGCACAUCCCUCUCCCGGCAGGAGAUUUGUCCCAUUGUUUAUAUCUGUGCAGGCUUUCCCAAUCGCGCUGGUGAAUGUCACACGACGUUGAUUCUAGUACACUACUGGACAAGACGAGCAGGGGUAGGGUGGCAACUAUAUCGGGACCUUGGAAGUAUUACCUCCAAACCGAUGGAGAAGUCUACAUCGUCAACUGCAGUCGGGUCUUCUAACAGGGCAGAUGCAGAUGGGUCAGUACACGAUGUACUCAUUCAGAACACGGGGACGCAAAGGAAUCAGUGAUAUCGAAUCCACGACGGCCAAAUAAGGAGAAUGCAAAUUGUCUAAUGCAGACAAGCUCUGCAUGGCUUAGGCACCCAAGUGGAACAUGCGGCGUGAGUAAAACCUUUGCGUGACGUAUGAAGUGAUGAGACGGCCAUGUCACAGCAGCAAGUUCCUCACAACCGCAUAACUAAGGGGUCCCAUUGGGCUUCACUUGCUUCAUUCGCUUUCUCCGUACUUAGGACUUUCGAAGUGAGAGAUUAAAUUACUGCAGGAACUUCAGUAUAGAACUCGACAACGAAGAUGCUAUUGACUUUGGGCAGGCUCGUGGUGGAAGCCAACAUAAAGCCGUGAUUCUCGUCCCUCUGACGAUGUUAUGGGUGGUGAAGGGUACAUGGCAUCUAACUAAGGCUUCUUGGUUUCAACUAGCAAGUAACAUCAUUCUCCACACUCCUUAUUUUGAACACAUCUUGAUUUUGACUGCAUUUCAUGCUCAGUGUUCGUUUGAUCGGGUUGUAGUCACAGAUUCCAAUACUCACACCUCUUCAAAAAGUCCAUGCGUCUGGCCGAAGCGUACAUAUUGCCAGAAUACUGCGAUAACAUUUGUGCU